GCCGUCCUCCUCCCAGUUUCGCCUCCAAAAACCCCGCAGAGGUCGCUACCUUCCCCAUUGCUGGUCUUUUUGUCUGUUGGGCGUACGUGUUCGUUUCUUCCCCGGAGACUCGGCAAGGGCGAUCCUUCCCGUUCCUCCACGCGCACGUAUAUAAAUCAGUUCUCGCGACGCGGAGAUGCGGCGCUCGUGCUCGCGCAGUGGUGAAGCUUGAGCGGCGGCUCCAUCGAUCCAUCCGCCCGUUUGGCUCUCAUUCUCUCCGCCGGAUAUUCGUGCUUUCCAUAGGAUAACAAAGAGCUAUUUCAGUAUCAGAGAUGGUUCAUCAUAUAACCGACGAGGCAGCAGCAAAUGAACCUAGCAUCACCACACAGACACCCUCCUAUGACCCAUCUCAAGGACCGCUGGUGUACAAGGUGGGCUAUCCCCCUCAAAAGAACUUGGCCACAGAGUUCACAGACACAUUGAGGGAGACUUUCUUCCAUGAAAACCCGCUGCGUCAGUACAAGGGUCAAUCUGGAUGGACAAGAUUCACGAUGGGGUUGCAGUUCUUGUUUCCAGUUGUUGGAUGGGGCAGGAAUUACAACUUCAGCAAGUUCAGAAGUGAUCUAAUUGCCGGAUUGACUAUUGCAAGUCUCUGCAUUCCUCAGGACAUUGGUUAUUCGAAGCUUGCUAAUUUGGAUCCACAGUAUGGGCUAUACUCCAGCUUCGUUCCACCAUUGAUAUAUGCUGCAAUGGGUAGCUCAAGGGAUAUAGCGAUUGGUCCUGUUGCUGUGGUUUCUCUUUUAAUAGGUUCACUUCUACAAAAUGAGGUUGACCAUGUUAAAAACAAGGAGGAAUACAUACGCCUUGCUUUCACGGCAACCUUCUUUGCUGGUAUCACUCAAGCAGCCCUGGGAUUUCUAAGGUUAGGGUUCCUCAUCGAGUUCUUGUCUCAUGCUGCAAUUGUCGGGUUCAUGGGGGGAGCAGCCAUAACUAUUGCCCUGCAGCAGCUGAAAUACGUGUUGGGUAUCGCGAAUUUUACAAGGAAAACCGACAUAGUUUCGGUUAUGAAAUCUGUCUGGAGUUCAGUCCAUCAUGGGUGGAACUGGCAAACAAUUGUGAUUGGCACAUCUUUCCUGGCUUUCCUUCUGUUUGCAAAGUACAUCGGAAAGAAGAACAGGAAGUUUUUCUGGGUGCCAGCUAUUGCUCCUAUAAUUUCAGUUAUUCUGGCAACCUUUUUUGUAUACAUAACCCGUGCAGACAAGCAAGGUGUUCAGAUAGUGAAGUUCAUCGAAAAGGGCAUCAAUCCAUCAUCAGCACACAAGAUUUUUUUCACUGGUCCAUUCGUUUUAAAAGGUUUCAAGAUCGGUGUUGUUUGCGGCAUAGUUGGUUUGACAGAAGCUGUGGCAAUUGGAAGGACGUUUGCCGCUAUUAAGGACUACCAGUUAGAUGGGAACAAGGAGAUGGUCGCACUUGGAACUAUGAACAUAGUAGGCUCAAUGACAUCUUGCUAUGUCACAACAGGUUCUUUCUCACGUUCUGCGGUUAACUUCAUGGCUGGUUGCAAAACUCCUGUAUCCAAUGUGGUUAUGUCAGUAGUUGUGCUUCUCACCUUGUUGGUCAUCACACCACUAUUCAAAUAUACGCCAAAUGCAAUCCUAGGGUCGAUCAUUAUCUCUGCUGUAAUCAGCCUUGUGGACUAUGAAGCAGCGAUUCUUAUCUGGAAAGUUGACAAGUUGGACUUCAUUGCUUGCAUGGGAGCAUUUUUCGGCGUUGUUUUCAUAUCCGUUGAGAUUGGUCUCUUGAUUGCUGUAGCAAUCUCAUUUGCUAAAAUACUUCUUCAAGUAACAAGGCCAAGGACAGCUCUGCUUGGAAACCUUCCGGGAACCACAAUAUACAGGAACACCAGUCAGUAUCCAGAAGCAAAGCUUGUUCCUGGGGUGGUGAUAGUGAGGGUUGAUUCUGCUAUUUAUUUUUCCAACUCCAAUUACGUCCGAGAAAGAAUUCUUAGGUGGUUGACAGAUGAAGAAGACAGAGCCAAGGCAGUGGGACUUCCUAAAAUAAAUUUCUUGAUUGUUGAAAUGUCACCCGUUAUCGAUAUCGAUACAAGUGGCAUUCAUUCUCUUGAAGAUCUAUACAAGAAUCUUCAGAAGAGAGAGAUCCAGCUUAUUCUGUCAAAUCCUGGUUCUGUUGUCAUCGAAAAACUGCAAGCAUCCAAACUCACCGAGCACAUAGGAAGCAGCAACAUUUUCCUUGCAGUUUCUGACGCUGUGCGGUUCUGCACAACGAAGUCGAUGCAAGAACCAUGAUGCGAAAUGGGUGUGGACGUGUGGCAUCUAUAUACAUUUGUAUCAUCUGUUAAUGAUAGACUGAGGUGAAGCGAGUGGUUCAGAAGAACUGCAGAGGGCUGGUGGGCAAGUGUUGUAAAUAGUUUUUUUUUUUCCUUUGUUAUUAAGCAAGCUGGACAGUCUAAAAUGAUGUACCUUUUUUGCCAACGUACAAACGGCUAUAAACAUAUAAUAAGUUUGGGAAAUCA